AUGACAAAGUCAUUGGUGUUGUUGAUGUUGUUAAUGUUGCUCAUGUUAAAUGGCAGUGAUAUAAUUGGCAAUCUGGAGGUUCUUCAAUGGGGAAGCUUACGGACAGCCUGGCGGGACAGCCUGAAAGGACAGCCUGAAAGUGUAUUACGUCACCUAGUCACGUGUUUGGGCAAAUGUCAUAUUGGCGGGACAGCCUGGGCAGCCUGGGCAGCCUGGGCAGCCUGGAAAAAAAUGCAUGACAAAGAGAACUGGGUAAACACCUAUGUUUUUAAGCAUCCUCACUUUGGAAAUCGCACUUCCAACCAUGCAGAAAGUUCACAUGCUUCUCUGAAGCAUGUUCUUGGAACUUCUUCUGGUAAACUGAAGACAGUUACCAUGAAAGUUGUCAAGUGGUAUGAAGCGUUGGUCGAUGAUCGAAAGCGCAGAUUGACAAUGGAGUGUUUUGGAGAGAGCACUACCAUUGUGUUUGAUAAAAUCAAUUCUUCCAGGCUGAAUGAUAUUUGCCACAAAGUUUAUCGUUUUGCAAUGGACCACAUCAAACUUAAACUUGCCAAAUCAAUUAUAUCUGAAAAACUCACAAAAGAGUGCGAAUGCCUCAUUAACUACAACUAUCUCUUGCCCUGCUACCAUCAACUUGCACACAUCACUAAAAUCAGCACAAUAACACCCCAACUCGCAUAUAAGCUUGAACGGGUUACUCAAAUACUUACCAAUGCCCAAAGCAAACAACAGCAAAUACAUUUCGAAGAAUACAUCAACAAAAUAAUAGAACUAGACUCCAAGCAGAAACUUGAGAACCUUAAUGGUCCAACAGUAGUGGAAGCCAUCAAAGGCAGACCUAAAAAUACAAAAAGAAAAAUGAUUGCCCUAGAGUACUGUCCUGAAGCAGAAAAAGAAGAAACAAUAAAAAAAACUAAAACUGAAAAAAAACAAAAAAAAUUUAACUCGUUCGACUUUUUUCGAUUUUCUAGACAUGAAUUAUCUUUAGAAAAACAACAAAAAGCAUUUAAAAAAAUUAUUAAUCUAGGUUCACCAUGUGACUAUACACUUCUGACUAAUCUUACAAUCGCCCCACACCAAAUAUCUCAGAUAUUUUCUCCAGAAGCAGAUGGCAAUUGUGGCUAUAGAGCAAUAGCAAUGGAAGUAUAUCAGAACCAGAAACGAUGGCCUGAAGUCAAAGACAAAAUGUUAGAAAACUAUUUAAAAUAUCAACAUACUCAUUACCAAGGAAGAAUGGAGCACGGCCAUAUGCCUGCAUCCACAAACCCAUUAAUCAUCAGUCUACAAGACAAACGCUCGCCCCUCCCUCAACAGCAUUGGUUUGGUACAAUUGACCAUUCACAACUCCUAGCAAAUGCAUAUAACAGAACCGUAGCCGUAUAUUGGAAUACUUCAAGAGAAACCGGCGACUGUCUAUUUGUACCAUUCAUCACCACACCAGACAGAUUCGAACCUAUUAUACUUAUUCUAGACAUCAACCACUUUCUCCUCGCAAAACGUAAACCAACCAGAAACUUCAAUUGGCGGCAGAUAAACCCAUUUCACAAAGCCAUAGCUGUCCAGGCUGUUCAGGCUGUCGAGACUGCCCAGGCUGCCCAGGCUGUCCCGCCAAUAUGA